GCGGCGCCCUGCGUGCCUUGGUGGCUCAGCGCGCCGCCCGUUGCGGUUCGUACGGAGCCCGAGCAGCGCGUGGUGCGGUCUCACGGGUGCUCAAAGUCUUUGCGGCGCUGGGGAAGGGCUGCGGCGCCGGGCGCCGCGUUCUGGAUGGUACGCGCGCCGGCGGGCCGGCACCUGCUUCGUUCUCGGCUGCCUGCCUGGGCGGAGGUAGGGCCCUGGCGUGGUUUUUUGUCAUAUCGUGUGGCACAGGGCACAGACACACUUCACCCGAAAGGACGGCGCCUCGAGGUUCUUCAUGAAAAUUCCGCGGAGACCCUCCCUGGAU